CCCCGACUGCCCCUCCAACAACUCGAUCACCACCGCGGGGUUUCCCACCACCAUCCAAUCCAUCUCCAAAAAGUGAACCGUCGCACUGCAGCAGAAAACAACCAUGCCUUCCGACACGAUACCCCUCAGUCAAUUCGACGACAUCCCCUCCUGCAUCGAGUCCUUUGCGGCCGGCCAGUUCCUCGUCGUCCUCGACGACCCCUCGCGCGAGAACGAAGCCGACCUGAUCAUCGCCGCCCAGGACGUCACGACCGAGCAGAUGGGCUUCAUGGUGCGCCACUCGUCCGGCCUCAUCUGCGCGCCCAUCACCGCCGCGCGCACCGAGCGCCUGCAGCUCCCCCAGAUGGUCGCCCUCGCCCAGUCCCAGGACCCCAAGGGCACCGCCUACACCGUCAGCGUCGACGCCGCCGACGAGAGCGUCACCACGGGCAUCAGCGCCCACGACAGGGCCAUCGUGUGCCGCGUGCUGGCCGACGACAACUCCACGCCCUCGGAUCUCAGACGGCCGGGCCACGUCUUCCCUCUCCUCGCAAAGGCCGGCGGCAUCAGGGCGCGGAGGGGCCACACCGAGGCGGCCACGGAGUUCUGUCGGUUGGCGGGCAAGGCCGAGGCCGGUGUCAUAUGCGAGCUCGUGAGCGAUGGCGAGCCGGUUCCCGGGCGGGCGGAGCACACUGGGCCCGGGAUGCUACGUGGUGAGGAGUGCGUGGCCUUUGCCCGGAAAUGGGGCUUGAAGGUGUGCACGAUUGCCGACCUCGUCGACCACGUUGAGAAGACGGAGGGGAAAUUGCAAAUAAAUGGCCAGUAGAGGCAAAUAAAGACCACGAUCAACUGACAGGAUACCACUGUUUUGUAUAGGAAAGCCGGGUUUGGUUUAUAGAAAGGAUAUUUAUCACGAUACCUCUACUCACCAUUCAUAGAUUCGUACGCCACCACAUCUACCUGGACACUGAGCCACUGAUAAAAAUCUACAUGCGUGUGUAUCCGGCUUAGCCUUAUUCCCCCAAACUUUCCUUCCAAUGGCUGUCUUGCUCAUUUACGUCGUCUCUUUCGAGUGACUCUGCGGCGACUGUGUGCAGCCGGAGCCGCCAUACAGA